UUCCAAUUCAAAUCUCAAAAAAACUUUUACAUUGCUUAAAAAUUAUAUAAAUAACUGACAUAGUGGGUGCAUUAUGUCGUACUUUGAAUUCUAUACUAAGAAUAUCCAGCCUAUCGAAACAAAAAACAGAGUGAUUGCCAAAGAUGUGAAUUCAGCGCCAAAAAACAAACCAAGAAGCAAAAUAAGCAAUGGAUUUAAAUCUGAAGCAUCCAAAGAUACUGAAAUUAUAAAAGGCACUUGUCUAUCAAUGUGCCCUGAGGAUGAAGUUAAAAUCCGAGAAACUGCCAAAAUGGUACAUGUUCUGGAGGUUAUUGAUGGAAAGAAGGUUUUGGUGAAAAGCUACAGCCGUUCUGCUGCAGACUCAACGGUUGCCGUGCCGCGGUUGCUGCGGCCCUACAGGGUCCUCCAAGAUACUGUACGACAUCUAUUACUCAAAAUAGCACAAAAAGAAGAUACAAAUAUAGUGGUGAUAUAUGACUUUGUGAGUGACCGUCUCCGAGCAGUGCGGCAGGACAUGACGGUGCAGAGACUCACGGCUAAGGAGUGCAUGACUUUGUUGGAGCCAAUGAUACGCUUCCAUGUUUAUUUUGGUUAUAAACUAUGUGAAUAUCCAACAACAUCAUAUGAUCCAGUGUUAAACAAGAAAUUACUUCUAGAGUGCUUAAAGUGGUUCCUAAGCUGCAGUGAUUCCAUGGGCCAAACUCCAAAAGACCUAACUACUGAGAUGGAGCAAUUAAAACUGAACCCUAAUCUUGCUAGCAAUAAGAGUCAAAUGGAAAAUUUAUUAAAGUGUGACCACCAAUUAGUGGAAAGCUUGUAUAUACUGUGCAAUCUGGAUGAUGUGCAUCCCAUGUAUAGAUACAUGAAUUUGGCAAAUAAUUUGAAAAGUCACGCAGCUUUAAAGUUAGCUUACAAAAUAGCUGCAGCGAACUGGAGAGGCAAUUUCGUUCAAGUAUGCAAGCAGCUGGAUAACCUGUGUCCACUGACAUACUGUGCCUUGUGUUUAUAUCUGCCGACGUUGCAAAGACAAGCCCUACAAGUAAUAAGCGCUGCAUACAACAGCAAACAACUGUCAGUACCCCUAAGUGGCUUACGUACCUGGCUACGUUUCGACAGCGACGCCGCAGCCGCGCAGGCGUGCGCGCAUUACGGACUGGUGGCCAAUGAGGGGGCGGUGCGGUUCACUAAAGGAAACUUCAAGGCAGAUGUCGCUACGCAUCAACCAACAAGAUUACUGCUUCUGGAUCAGAAUAAGGAUCUCUCGCAUAAGCAUAUAUUCACAUAUCACUCUGAAGAAUAUGCUUACGGUGCUUGACGCACCAACAAUUUUAUUUACAUUUGAAGUCGGGUCUCACAAAAACUGUUUGUGAUUGCAGAUAAUGGUGCUCACGUUUUAUGU